AUCAAUCCGGUUUAUCAUUUCUCAAAAUUAUGGAUCUAAAACCACAAUCAUCGUUCCGUUGUAAAUCAAGAUCAAGCGACAAAAUGAAUCGUUAUGAUCCAUUGGAGAAAAGACGUAUCGUAUUUUUGGAUCGAAAUCGAGAACAAAAAUCGUUACCAUUGAUUAGUAAAGAAUUCAAUAUUCGUAUCAAUUUUCCAUUAUAUUAUGAGCCAUCAUCUAAUGAAAUGGACAAUUUCAAUUCAAUGAACAGCUCAAAAUGGAUUCACGAUUGUAAAAUGUUUGAAUCUUCUCUUAAUUCCAUUGUUCAUUUGCCUUAUUUUCGUUUUUGGUCUGUUAUCGUCUACAAUCCAGAUGUUCAUACUGCUCUAGAAUCAUAUCUAAAUUAUGUCACACGUCCUUAUCGUAUACAUCCAAUAAUUAAACAUGAAACGAUUGGACCCGUAUCAAGUAGUAUUCAUUCUCUUGUUUUCCGAAUCUAUAUACGGAUUCUGUUACACAAAGAAUCUGAGGAAAAUUAUAUGAGCGAAGAUUAUCACUCUGAACUGUUGAUUAAAAACAAUAUUUUAGACAUAUCAAAAAUAUUGGAUUUAAUACAGAUUUACGGUUAUGGACCAAAUUCAGAAAUGUUAAAAUUUUUGCUAAAAUCUUUUUUCCAACGAAACUAUUCAAAAAUGAAAAAUGAUGUCGUAUUCGUUUUAAAAGAAAUAUUUGAAUUUUUCUUCCAUUAUGAAAACUAUAAUUCAUAUGAUUUAAAUAAUGAAAUGUUUUAUGUGAUCGCAAAUAUUACGGAUGUAUUAUUCUCGUUGAACAAAUUAAUUCAAUAUGAACCACGAAUUGCUUUCAUUUAUGAAGAUGGUCAACUUUUGAAUCGAUUGAUCAAGUUUCAUUCACUUUAUUUUCCAUACAUCGAAAAUGAGACUCUAUCUUUAUAUCGUUCGAAUACAAUCGUCGAAAAUUUCUACAAUUAUUUCAAAAGCCAAAUUUGUUUGUCCAAAGCUUCCUCUUUAUUAUUGUUUCGUAAAAUUAUACAUACCGUCUACAUUGAACCAUUAGCGAAUUUGCAAGAUGACCUAUACAAACUAUUUGAUAAUUUAAUGAGAUUGCUUGAUUUUCUUGCUAACAAAGAAAGAUUCUGUGUUGAUUAUUUUGAAAAAUUUUCUUUUGAAAAAGAAUUCGAAUCACUCCGUCAUAACCCUUCGUUAGAUAAAGAAUUAACUAUCAACGAUGUUCUGGAAUACUAUCGAAUGAAUUUUAAUACGUUGAUAGAAAAACAUAAAUCACAAAAUUCCGAGAAAGUCGAAAAGCCUCAAGCAAUAAAUUUGGAACAAACAUCAAAAUAUAGUUUUCGUAUUGAUCCUGAAACCAUUUCCAAAGAACAACUUAUUGCUGAAAUGUUUCCUGAACUUGGUAAUGGAUUCAUUUACAAAUGUCUCGAACAUUAUGAUUUUAAUAAUGAACGAGUUGUCGAUGCUAUUCUCGAAUCUAACCUCCCAGCGGAAUUAAAUUCAUUAGACCGUAAAUUAACUAAAUCUGAUUUGGAUAAAGUUGCAUCAAUGUUGGACAAUGUGAAAUCGAGUGGACAGAUGGAUGAUCAAAUAUUAACGGAUUCACAGAAAUAUAAUCCAAUCAAUAAUGCUAAUUACCAAUUGGCCGACAUUUAUAUCGGAAAGAAAGAUAAAUUGAGCGAAAUGAAAGCCAACAAAGAAAAGACGAAAAAUGUGACAAUAGAAUUGGCCGAAAAAAUAGAGAAGGAAGAAGAAGAGCUAAAAGAACAGAUUAAAUUGAUGAUUGAACGUGGAAAAUUACAACGUGAAGAUUUAAAAACCGAUGAAAAAUAUAUAGGAAUGGAUAUCUAUGAUGAUGAAUAUGAUGAUACCUAUGAAAAUGAAGAUGAAAAUUUUGAUAUAGAACCUGUGAUAGAAGAGAAUAAUGAAAACGACGACGAUGAUGAUAAUAAUAAUGAUGAUGCUAUUGUUCAUGAAAAUUUAGGCAAAACAAACAAUAUGCCUAAAUAUAGGAUGGCCAAUGAAAAGUAUGAAAAUUGUGCAAAAUAUUUGCGCAAACAGCUUUAUAAUAAUAAAUAUCAACAACGGAACAACCAAGGAAAAGGGCAACAAUCUUUCAAUAAUAGUUAUGGUUCGAAUGAUCCUCAACAACGUCAAAGACAAACAGUUAAAAAUCAACAAUAUCCAAAUAAUGUCAAUCAAGAUCAUCGUCAUUCAUCUAAAAUGACAAAUGAUGAUAGACGCAAUGAUGGUAACAAUAACAGUAGCAAUAAUAACAAUAAUCGAAAUUACAAUACAAAAAAUAGACAAUCAAACUAUUACAAUCCAAACAAUAAAAACAACAAAACAACCAAUCAAAAUCGAAAAAAAUGAUUUAUUUUCAAUAUAAAAUUAUCACAAUAUAUGAUGUAAGAAAACAAAACGAAUAUUUUCAAGCAAUUAAAUUUAAUCAUUAUUCCAAUUUUGUGAUAUUA